UGAUGUAAGAGAGGGACACAGUUCACACACACUCACACACACCAGCGAGACACUCAGCGACACUGCUUCUCCCUGAGGAUCACUCCCUGGAGCCCGUCUGUGUGAGGGGAGCCCUGAGCCUGAGACCAGAACACUGUUCCUCCAGCAGGGCAAUACCUAUACAGAACCCAUCCCUGCGUCUUGACCCGGAGGUGCCAUGGCAGCAGACAGCAACAGACUUGGAGACACCACGGCCACAGAGACAGCCACCAGAUUGGUGCACCGAAACAUUAACAACCCCAACGCUGUAGAGACCGACAGCUCUCUCUCCAGUGGAGAGGUCACUAACCAUGUGGAGCAGCACGCUGAGGAUCUGAUACAGUGGAAGAGGCAUGUGGAGCGAGUAAAGAGUAAGGUGCUGGAUCAGAUUCAGGGGCAUCUUAGUGACCUGCUAGACAAGGCCCUGACUGAAUCUGUCCAGACAUUUACGCAGAAUGAGAACCAUGGCAACAACCACGUCAACCAUGUCAACAACAACCAUGUCACCAGAGACGGGACAGUCACCACCACUAACAACAACGAAAACUCACACAGAACCCACACGGAAAAGGAUGGAAAAGUAUUUAUGGACAGACGCUCCAUUCUAGAUGAUCUGUUUGAGAUCAACCAUAUUCGGACCAUCUACCACAUGUUCAUCUCAGUGCUCUUCCUCUUCAUCAUCAGUACACUGGCUGUGGACUACAUCGACCAGGGCAGACUGGUGCUGGAGUUUGACCUGUUGUCUUAUGCCUUUGGGAAGCUACAUAUAGUAGGUUUGGCCUGGCUGUUGAUGUUCAGCUACACGUUGGCCGUGCCCUACUAUGCCCUGUCUCUCUGGGGGACUCUGUACCAUCGCAGCCCGGUACAGGGGGUACUGUCGGUGGGCGCUGGGCUGGUGCUCUCCGCCAUGCAGGCCGCUGUACUGGGGGUUCUCCCUAUAUACGUGGUCUUUCACUACCAGCUGCCUCCAGCCUCACGAUUCAUCAUCAUAUUGGAACAGAUCCGAUUCCUGAUGAAAAGCUACUCUUUCAUCCGAGAGAAUGUCCCAGUCAUCCUAAAACACAAGACAAAGGAAGGAGAGGGUCCCAGGUUCCCAACAAACCCAGAACACAUUAGAUGGAACUAUGUUGGCGUAACGUUUGCUAAGAUUCUGGGCUGUCUUUUCUACGGUUACUUUAUCCUGGUGAGACUGUGCAUACCGGUCUUCAUGAAUGACAGAAACAAGCCUUUCAGCACCAGAACCCUGGUCCUGGCCUUGUUCCAUGCUACACUUCCAGGUAUGUUGCUGCUACUGCUGGCGUUCUUCGCCUUCCUCCACUGCUGGCUAAACGCCUUCGCUGAGAUGCUACGCUUUGCAGACAGGAUGUUCUAUAAGGACUGGUGGAACUCGACAUCGUUUGCAAAUUACUACAGGACCUGGAACGUGGUGGUUCAUGACUGGCUUUACUACUAUGGAUACAGAGAUUUUCUCUGGCUGUCCAGGAGGAAGUUCCGUACGGCAGCCAUGUUGUCAGUGUUCGUCGUGUCGGCCUUGGUCCAUGAAUAUGUCUUCACCCUGGGUUUCGGAUUCUUCUACCCAGUAAUGUUCUGUCUCUUCGCUUUCUUUGGAGUGGCGUUCAACUUCACUCUGAACGACAAGAGGAAGAGUCCUGUGUGGAACAUCAUGAUGUGGACCUGUCUGUUCAUUGGACAAGGGGUCAUGGUGUGUCUGUACUGCCAGGAGUGGUAUGCCCAGAUACACUGUCCUCGCACUGGGGCUAGCUUCUGGGAGUUGGUGACACCCCGAUCCUGGUCCUGCAGCAACUAGGUCUGAAACUACAGCAUUGAGUUGCCUGCCUCAUCCAGGGGUUGAGACACGGGCUGAGUCUCAAUAGUAACCCCAGCUGUUCAACCCUCCACAUUGAACUUGGCGUCAGGGGACAAACUCCGUUUGUAAACCUUGCCUAUGAUCCUUGGCUAAAACAGGCAUCCCUUUGAGAGUGUUAUUCAUUGAUAGAAUCCUGUCAGGAAACAAGCUCUAACGUGGAAUAUGAACGGAGGUAGUUGUUGAAAACGUGCUUAUUGUUUGGACGGAACGUGUAUCUAUGGAUGUGUUUAACUGUACUAGCGGGGACAAAAGGUCCUCACAAGAAUAGAAAACAAACAAAUGUUUUUGAUCAACUGGGGACAUUUUGUUCGACCCCACAAGGUCAAAUGCUAUUUCUAGGGGUUUUAGGGUUAAGGUUAGAAUUAGUGUUAGGAUUAGAAUUUGGUUAAGUUUAGGGUUAGGAGCUAGGGUUAGGUUUAGGGUUAGGUUUAGGGUUAGCAGCUAGGGUUAGCAGAUAGGGUUAGCAGCUAGGGUUAGGUUUAGGGUUAGGGUUAGGUUUAGGGUUAGGGUUAGGUUUAGGGUUAGGUUUAGGGUUAGGGUUAGGUUUAGGGUUAGGUCUAGGGUUAGGUUUAGGGUUAGCAGCUAGGGUUAGGUUUAGGGUUAAGGUUAGGGUUAAGGUUAGGUUUAGGUUUAGGGUUAGGGUUAGGGUUAAGGUUAGGGUGAGGUUUAGGGUUAGGGGUUAGGGAAAUAGGAUUUUGAAAUGGACUGAAUUGUGUGUCCCCACAAGUUUAGUUAUACAAGACUGUGUGAACUGAAAUGGCAUGGACAGCAUUCUGUAUUACCUAGGUGUUAGGGUUAGGGUUAGACUGUAGUCUGUAUUACCUAGGUGUUAGGGUUAGACUGUAGUCUGUAUUACCUAGGUGUUAGGGUUAGACUGUAGUCUGUAUUACCUAGGUGUUAGGGUUAGGGUUAGACUGUAUUACCUAGGUGUUAGGGUUAGACUGUAGUCUGUAUUACCUAGGUGUUAGGGUUAGGGUUAGACUGUAGUCUGUAUUACCUAGGUGUUAGGGUUAGGGUUAGACUGUAUUACCUAGGUGUUAGGGUUAGACUGUAGUCUGUAUUACCUAGGUGUUAGGGUUAGGGUUAGACUGUAGUCUGUAUUACCUAGGUGUUAGGGUUAGGGUUAGACUGUAUUACCUAGGUGUUAGGGUUAGACUGUAGUCUGUAUUACCUAGGUGUUAGGGUUAGACUGCAGUCUGUAUUACCUAGGGGUUAGGGUUAGACUGUAGUCUGUAUUACCUAGGUGUUAGGGUUAGACUGUAGUCUGUAUUACCUAGGUGUUAGGGUUAGUAACCCAGUCUGUAUUACCUAGGGGUUAGGGUUAGGGUAAGACUGUAGGCUGUAUUACCUAGGGGUUAGGGUUAGACUGUAGUCUGUAUUACCUAGGGGUUAGGGUUAGACUGUAGGCUGUAUUACCUAGGGGUUAGGGUUAGACUGUAGUCUGUAUUACCUAGGGGUUAGGGUUAGACUGUAGGCUGUAUUACCUAGGGGUUAGGGUUAGACUGUAGUCUGUAUUACCUAGGUGUGAGGGUUAGACUGUAGGCUGUAUUACCUAGGGGUUAGGGUUAGACUGUAGUCUGUAUUACCUAGGGGUUAGGGUUAGACUGUAGUCUGUAUUACCUAGGGGUUAGGGUUAGACUGUAGUCUGUAUUACCUAGGGGUUAGGGUUAGACUGUAGGCUGUAUUACCUAGGGGUUAGGGUUAGACUGUAGUCUGUAUUACCUAGGGGUUAGGGUUAGACUGUAGUCUGUAUUACCUAGGGGUUAGGGUUAGACUGUAGGCUGUAUUACCUAGGGGUUAGGGUUAGACUGUAGGCUGUAUUACCUAGGGGUUAGGGUUAGACUGUAGUCUGUAUUACCUAGGGGUUAGGGUUAGACUGUAGUCUGUAUUACCUAGGGGUUAGGGUUAGACUGUAGGCUGUAUUACCUAGGGGUUAGGGUUAGACUGUAGGCUGUAUUACCUAGGGGUUAGGGUUAGACUGUAGGCUGUAUUACCUAGGGGUUAGGGUUAGACUGUAGGCUGUAUUACCUAGGGGUUAGGGUUAGACUGUAGGCUGUAUUACCUAGGGGUUAGGGUUAGACUGUAGGCUGUAUUACCUAGGGGUUAGGGUUAGACUGUAGUCUGUAUUACCUAGGGGUUAGGGUUAGACUGUAGUCUGUAUUAC